AUACCAGUCCGUAUACAUCAAUAUGUCAGGUUAUGAAUGGAUCAACCAUCCAUGUAGAAGCAUAUCGACCAUCUUCCUCCCUUCCAUCCUGGAUCGCGCCGUCCAAAUCAAGCGUCCGCGAAGCAGCAGUCCACACAAUGAUGAUGUACAUUAAUGCAAGAAAUGACCAACAACGAGUGACCACGCUAAAGAGCGACCCCUUUUUCAUACUUCGGGUUGGUUUCAGGGUUUUUCCAUCGCUUCGAUGCAUUUUUGUCUGUACUUGUUUUUUGGGGUGGCUGACUUUUUGCGCCUCGUUUCGAAAUACUUUGAACGUCGUCAAUGGAAAUUCGGGUCAGGGUGCAAUACCAGCCUCGCGCUGCAGAUGUCAGUCAAGCCGCGCAGCGUUGUGAACCGCAGCAGAACAAGAAAUUAGCUAGCUAGCAUGCCGCAUUGAACGAGGACUUGGGAGACGGCGAUUAAAGCCCCGUCUUCUUUAAUAUUCCAAUAUGUCUCGCCUUCGCGUCGAUAUUAAGAAGUCACGCUGCGCCUAACGAAAUAAACAAGACAUGGACGCUCUCGUCGGCUACAGCGGCUCGUCGGACUCGGAGGGUGACGAAGACUCAGCUGAGAAGCGCAAAAGCGAUCACGGAGGGACGGAUGUCGACGAUUGGGACAAGAAAAGCCGAAACUUCCUGCUGGAAAGCGCUUCGGCUUCGAGCGAGUCCGACGAAUCCGACCACGGCGACCGCAGGCAGCCUUACAACUCGGGCUCCUCGGGCUCCUCGGGCCCCUCGGGCCCCGGGAGCAGAAGCCAGAAGUCCGGCCCGCCCGCCACCGCUCCUCACAAACUGCCCCCUCCGACUCUGCACGGCCGCUCCGAAAGCAGCGUGUUCGCGAACCCGUUCAAAGCUCAGGCCGAGCAGAAGCUCAGCGCCUUGCAGAAACACGUCCCGCUCACGACGGAGGCCAAGCCGUCUCAGAUCGGAGGCAAGAGGGUGUGCCUGUCCUACAGGAAAAGCGGACGAUGCCGAUUCGGGAUCAAGUGCAAGUUCGCGCACGACAGCGACCUUCAGACUGCACUUCCUCCCAACGACUCUCGCGAAGGGAGGGUCCGCUCCCAAAGCCCAAGCCCGAGCCCGAGCCCGAAAGAGGCCGAGCGGGACCCGUCGGAGGGGCGACCGGCCAAGAGGCGGCGGCCGGGCGUCGCCGACGCGUUGGUCCCCCCCAAGAAAGCCAUGAAGCACUACAACAUGCUGAGGAGCAGAGAACAACACAAGACGUGCUGAGGGAAACGCGACGCUGGGUGUCCACAGAGCCCCUCAAGUCUUGCCCAAAUCGUCUUCCGGACUCCCAAUAAACGACGACUUUUUGUUAAGACAUUUAUUGACGUCCUAUAAAUGAGAAGUGAAAAGCCCAAACUGUAAACAAUGAUUUAUCUGUACAGGUUUACGACUUCUGCCGAGUGCCGCAAACGUCGGAUUCAUUGACUUGUCACUUUUAAAGACAGUAGACGACGUUAGACAAGACAAGAUGCUCAACGAUUUAACAGUGCGCAGAUAAACUGAAAGGACAAAGUGGCAGCCCUAUUGUCAUAUUGUGUGGACGUCAUAAAUAAACAAACAUUCUAACCUG